AUCCAUACCACCCGAUUUGAAAAAUUCUCUUUUUCUUCCCUCACGGCCUCACCCUACCCUCUUUAUCUGUGUCUCUCAAAGUCUCUAAUAUUUCUUGUCUCUCUCUCUCUCUGAUUUAUUAUAAAACCCCCAAAUUUUCUCUACCGAAGAGAUUUUCUAAUUUUAAUGGAGUAUUUGUCCUGCCAAAUUCAAUUCCCAAACUCCUCCUUGGUUUUCAAUUUUUCUUUUCCCGUUUCAAUUCAGCUCAAUUCUUUCGAUCUCAUAUUUUCCAAAUCCCCAAAAAACCCUCUGAUUCUCGAUCAACCUUGUAGCUCUUUUUGACACCCAACAUUUAUUAAUAAUAAUAAUUAUUAUUACAUCAAGCCCUCCUCAUCAAUGGGAAAGAGCAAAUCUCAGAAAAAAAAGACAGCAGUUUUGGAUAGCGACGAAGACGAUAAUAGUAGUGUGAGUUCGACUUCGACCAUGCGGUCGGAUAAAAUGUCGGUGUUGGGGACUGAAGAAGUCCAAAUAAAUAAAGAUAGUUUACUUGACCUAGCUCUAGAUGCUCUGUACGAGAAGAGGCCUGCCAUAAGAGAGAAGGCUUUGUCAUCAAUUAUUGAUACUUUUAAUAGCAGCUUGCAGCAUGAGUUUGUGGAAAAGAAAUGUACUACUUUACUUCACCAGUGUGUGAACAUUGUUAAACGAGGGACUUCUAAAGAGAUCGCUUUAGCGUCUCAUGCCAUUGGAUUGUUGGCCCUGACUGCUGGCGAUGGAGAUAAAGCACAUGAAAUAUUCAAAGAGUCAGUUGCUCCUAUUUCACAGGCUCUCAAAUCUGGCUUUGAACCAACAAAGAUAUCAUCAUUGCUGGAGUGUUUGGCUGUCAUCACUUUUGUGGGUGGAAAUGACACAGAGGAAACGGAAAUGUCAAUGCAAAUAAUGUGGCAAGUGGUUCAUCCAAAGCUGAGUUCCAAUGUUGUUGCAACCAAACCUUCAGCAGCAGUUAUAACUGCAGUGGUGUCUGCUUGGUCCUUUCUGCUGACUACUAUGGAUGGAUUGAAACUAAACCCCAAACAUUGGCAAGAGUCUAUAUCAUAUUUAUCUAGUCUCCUAGACAAGGAUGACCGGUCUGUACGCAUUGCUGCUGGUGAAGCGCUUGCUCUAAUUUUUGAGAUAGGAAGCGUGGAGAAGUUUUCUGGGGAAGUUAAAGGGUCAAUUGAUAUCUCGACUCCAGAAAGAAGUAAAAACCAGGAAGGAUUUUCACGUGUGCAAGGAUUGAAGGGGAAAAUCGUAAAUAAAGUCAGAGACCUUUCCGCUGAGGCAGGUGGUAAAGGUUCUGCUAAGAAAGAUCUUAACAGCCAACGGAACUUGUUUCGGGAUAUUUUGGAAUUUUUUGAGGAUGGCUGUAGUCCUGAGAACACAGUGAAGAUUGGUGGGGAAUCAUUAAAAACAUCAUCAUGGUAUCAAAUGAUACAGUUAAACUUUUUGAAGCGCUUUCUUGGGGGAGGCUUCAUUAAGCAUAUGCAGGAAAACAAAUUCCUUCAAGAUGUCUUUGAGUUCACACCAAAGAAAAAGCAUCUUCUAGAUGAUGAAUAUCGUAUAUCUAGUACCGAUAAGAGGAUGUAUAAGUCACCAAACUCAGUUGUGAGCAAGGCUAGGACCCAACUACUUAACAAACAGAGAAUGUUAUCUGAGGGUAGAAACGCUGGCCACUAUGCUGCCAAUGCGGGUGAUGAGGAUUUCUAGACAUAUUUUGCUACAAUAUAACUCUGGUGUAAUCAUCAAUGACAUAACGGGCUCAUAUCAUCUUGUUACAAACUUUUUCAAUUUUAUUAUGGUCAUGCCCACAUAGGAAUUGUGUUUUUACUUGGUGGUGGGUUCACAUACGCAGAUCAGAUUCGUCACAUUGUACUUUGUAAAAUAAUUAUUUAUUUUGUUCUUAUAAAUGUGGCAUGAAUGAUGUGCUUCAUUCCCUUUUA